AUGUUUCUCAAAGCUGCAGCCAUAGUAUUUUGACGAAGCCUUAGCUAGCGUGAUACCCACUCCUUAAGAGCGGAUUUUCAUAUACAUUUGAGUCAGGUAUCUGACUACAUUAAAGCUGCCAUGCGACUUUCACUUGUUAGGCGCUUCUUGUUGACGAUGGCAACUGAAGCUAAGCAGAUGAAGCUGGGUACCGAUGAUCGACAGGGCAAGCUCGCCCCUCUCGUUGCCCAAGGCUGGAAGGAAGUCGAAGGGCGCGACGCCAUCCAGAAGGUCUUCAUGUUCAAGAACUUCAACCAGGCAUUUGGUUUCAUGAGCCGCAUUGCUCUGCAAGCAGAGAAGAUGGACCACCACCCGGAAUGGUUCAACGUUUACAACAAGGUGGACGUGACGCUGAGCACACACGACGUCGGCGGUCUGUCGGACAAAGACGUCAAGCUGGCCACAUUCAUGGAGACCGCGGCCGCCUCCGUCCUGCCCUCCUCGUAAAAAAAAAGAAAAUCGCAAAGAGAAACAUAUUGCUUUGCACAUUAACUCGCAGUCCAUCGACUUUGUAUUCAGUUUGAAUUACACCCUCCCGCCGAACAGGAAGAAUGUUGUGGUCGUUGUUUGUCAACGGCUGUUUAAUCUCUGGGUGAUAAAACCGUGAAAAUCUGAUUUCAACAAUUACAUGUAGAAGUCCGUUUGGACAGCCAUGCAUAUCAUUUUUUCCAUUUUUAUUGACACUAAUCAAGAAGCAAUCUUCAGUACAGUACAGUAGACGGACAAACUGUUCUUCCCUCCCUCAUAACCCCUUUGCUCUGCCCCCCCCAAAAAAACACAUGGAAAAAAGGAAGAAAGUCCGAGAUCAUGUACUGAUCAAAGUGAUUUGCAGUGCUAGAGUGACUUGAUAAAGGGAUUGGAGGGAAUGUUUUGUCUCCUCCAAUAGCUGAAGCACUUUCAGUGAAGCUAACUGUUGUUCAUUUGAAUUUAGGGAUUCAGAUCCAAAAAACUUCUUCCGUGCAAGGGACCCUGUGUCCCUUGGGCAAGAGCAGUCUCAUUUUUUGCUUGGGGGACCCAAAGAUUUCAGGGAGCAGUCUUCCAGCCCACUGUUACACCCUGCCUGUUAAGUGUCCAUGCCUUGCUCUUACAUUGUAUCAUGUAUGGGGAAAUUAACCCCGUGUUGAUUUGUUGGUUUGAAUUCUAAGGCCAAAUGAAAAAAAAAAUUAUGUUUAGCCUCCUCACCUGCUUCCUUUUUGAAGGCCGUCUGGAUUUAUUUUAAAAACUUUUUACCACAGGAUGUUGGGUUAAAAAACAAACAAAAUUGCCAACUGAUUCAUUGGAAAGUAAAACACUUGCAAGCCAGAACUCCUAACUUAAACUGUGUGGAUCGCUGUCUACACCAGGCAGUUGACCAUUAUUUCUCCAAAUAUGUUUUAAUCUAACCACGUCCCAGUGCUUGGCUUGGUCAGCAAACUGGAUGUGUCCAUGGGAGCUGCUAUGUACUUGAAUUCUUAUAAUCUGCCGUAAACACACUGAGGAAGCUGCCCAAACCACUUAAACUAGUUUCAGUUCUCAUGUCCAACACGUUUCUGUUUCAUUUUUGUGUCAUAGAGCAGAGGCAAUUUUAGUUGUUGUUAUAAAUAUGUAAAACCGAGUGGCGGCCAUCUUGAAAAUUGACAAUUUAUUGAGCCCUGCCACUUGCAUAUUUUUAUGGGGAUGCACAACAUGAUUAUGUUUCUAUUUGGCCUAAGCAUUUAAUCAAGCCUGCGUUAGACCACAGACCGUGGUCUGUGGUUAGACUGAGACACAGCAAAGUACCAUGGAAGGUCUGUGGACAGGUGGCCCAGUGGACUUUGGCCAAUCUACCCCUGUCUUCAAGUUUGCACGGCAGUUGACUGAGGUGUAUGGCGUUGCCGACGUUUGCUCUUUUGCGCUGUGAAAAAAACGGGACCUUGGAUGAGGAUAGCACGGUAUAUUAAUUGUAUUACUGUGGACUGUUCAUUACCGAGGGAAUACUCCUUCAUGAUAUGAAAUCUCAAAGAUUUGUCCGAAAAUAAGUUUCUCGUUCCAGUUAUUUUCACAUCACAUAAGAUAUCAUUUUUGUUUUCAUAUGUUGUUGCUCUCAAGUACUUGAUCCUAUUUAAUGAGCUGAUUAACAGUUUCUGCGAUCUUUUGCCAUUAUGGGUUUAACAUACAUGUAUGGUGGUUGUUUUUGUGAUUAGAAACCCUUUGUUUUUCAUUUUAAAAAAAUAUAUAACACACCGCCCUCACUUGAGGGAGAGAAAUCAUCGUAAAAUAUAGAAUCUCAGGAAUUGGCGGCCAAAUCUUGACAUGUUUUACAAAGUAAACAGCAUCGAUAGACACACUGAAUGCAGCAUUUUUCCCACAUACAUAUUCUCUUCAGAAGAUGAUCUUUAGUAUCCAUGCCCUUGGCAAAGAGAUGUUCAUAUCGUCAAAGAAAUUUUUUUUGUCUCAAGGGACUUUCGUUUCUAUGUUGGUGUCCAUCCAUUACAGGCAAUAUUUAAAUGCUAUCGGCGCCUUAACGAAGUACAAGAUGCCUGAGUUCGUUUUCCUUUUUUCCCAUCUCAAAACUUUGCACAAGCCUCUAUAACAUUUUUUAUAAACUUGUGUUCUUAAAUGCGUAAUGCUCUUAUUCAGUGUGGUUUCAAUGCACCUUGAAACUAAAUGAAACAUUUUGAAAAGAAAAGUAAUAAAUGUAAAGGAGGAGAAAUAUCUGGUAA